AGCACGGCGAGGGGCGCGUGGAGCCGUGGGGGCACAGCGUCGGGCGGCAGGAGGGGCGGCCCGAAGCUCAGGCGGGGCACAGCGCCGGCGGGCGGGCAGCCGGCGGGGCUGCCCGGCGCGGGUGUCCCGGCGAUGUGUGGCGCUGAAGCGGCUGCGGGAGCAGCAGCGGCGGCAGUGGGCUCGGCCUCGGCUUCGCGGCGGUGCCGGCGGCGGAGGCGGAGGCGCAGGCUCCUUCUCAGGACCUGGCGAGCCCGGGCCUAAACAGCGGCCCCGCGAGGCCCCAGCACAGCGCCCCGGAUCGGGGCUCCCCCCGCCUCGCCCUGCCCCGGGAUCCUGCCUCCCGGGCCGGGGAUGAGGCCGGGAGGCAGCCGCGCGGGGCCCAACACAAAGGCUUGUUCCUGGGGGCCUCUGCCGCCGCUGCCGCCGCCGCCGCCGCCAGCCUAGAGCCGCCCGCCGAAGCCGAGCCAGCGCCGGGGCCCUCGUCCCUGCCGGUCCCUGGGGGCGGCUGCUGGCCGUCUCCCCGAGGCCCAGGGUCCCAAGCGCUGAGCCCCUUGUUCCCUCGGCUGCGGUGGGUUCGGGCAGCUGCGCAUCCUCCGCUGCUCUGGGUCAUAGGAGCCCCGCGGAGCAUGUCGGAGGGGAGCGACAUGGAGAAAGCCAUCAAGGAAACCUCCAUUUUAGAAGAAUACAAUAUCAAUUGGACUCAGAAGCUGGGAGCUGGAAUUAGUGGUCCAGUUAGAGUCUGUGUGAAGAAGUCUACCCAAGAACGGUUUGCACUGAAAAUUCUUUUGGAUCGUCCAAAAGCUAGAAACGAGGUACGUCUGCACGUGAUGUGUGCCACGCACCCAAAUAUAGUGCAAAUUAUUGAAGUGUUUGCUAACAGUGUACAGUUUCCUCAUGAGUCCAGCCCCAGGGCUCGACUCUUAAUUGUAAUGGAGAUGAUGGAAGGGGGAGAGCUAUUUCACAGAAUCAGCCAGCACCGGCACUUUACAGAGAAGCAAGCCAGCCAAGUAACAAAGCAGAUAGCUUUGGCUCUACAGCACUGUCACUUGUUAAACAUUGCGCACAGAGACCUCAAGCCUGAAAAUCUGCUCUUCAAGGAUAAUUCUUUGGAUGCCCCAGUGAAGUUGUGUGACUUUGGAUUUGCCAAAAUUGACCAAGGUGACUUGAUGACACCUCAGUUUACCCCAUAUUACGUAGCACCACAGGUACUGGAGGCACAAAGAAGGCAUCAGAAGGAGAAAUCUGGCAUCAUACCUACCUCGCCAACACCCUACACGUACAACAAGAGCUGUGACUUGUGGUCCCUAGGGGUGAUUAUCUACGUGAUGUUGUGCGGAUACCCUCCUUUUUACUCCAAACACCACAGCCGGACUAUCCCAAAGGAUAUGCGGAGAAAGAUCAUGACAGGCAGUUUUGAGUUCCCAGAGGAAGAGUGGAGCCAGAUCUCAGAGAUGGCCAAAGAUGUUGUGAGGAAGCUCUUGAAGGUCAAACCAGAGGAAAGACUUACAAUCGAGGGAGUGUUGGAUCACCCCUGGCUCAACUCAACUGAGGCCCUGGAUAAUGUGCUACCCUCUGCUCAACUGAUGAUGGAUAAGGCGGUGGUUGCAGGAAUCCAGCAGGCCCAUGCGGAACAGUUGGCCAACAUGCGAAUCCAGGAUCUGAAAGUCAGCCUCAAACCCCUGCACUCUGUGAACAACCCCAUUCUAAGGAAGAGGAAAUUACUUGGCACCAAGCCAAAGGAUGGUGUUUAUAUCCACGACCGUGAAAAUGGAGCUGAGGAUUCAAAUGUUGCCUUGGAAAAGCUCCGAGAUGUGAUUGCUCAGUGUAUUCUCCCCCAGGCUGGUAAAGGAGAGAAUGAAGAUGAGAAGCUGAAUGAAGUAGUGCAGGAAGCUUGGAAGUAUAACCGGGAAUGCAAACUCCUAAGAGAUACCCUGCAAAGCUUCAGCUGGAAUGGUCGUGGAUUCACAGAUAAAGUAGAUCGACUAAAACUGGCAGAAAUCGUGAAGCAAGUGAUAGAAGAGCAAACUACUUCUCACGAAUCCCAAUAAUGACAGCUUCAGACUUUGUUUUUUAACAAUUUGAAAAAUUAUUCAUUAAUGUAUAAAGUAAUUUUUAUGUAAAUUAAUGAAUCAUAAUUACAUUUCCACAUUGCUUAAAGAUGCUGUAUAAAUUUAGAUACAGGAUUUACUAAUAGUAUAGUUCAUCUGUUUGUUUUUUAAGAAAAGCCCAGUUCCUAGAGAUGUACUAUUACUUCAGGAUUGUUUAGUCAUAUGUUUGUAAAGAUGACAGAUGGCAUUGUUAAGCAAGAUGUUUUAUUUGUAAUAAAGUAUACAAAAAACCA